GGAUUGGGGGAGGGGAGGCAAACGAGAAUAUUAGCGAAUUGGAACUUGUUGCAUGGGUCGCGAUGUCGUUGGGCAGACAUGGAUCGGCAGAUGGAUUCAAAGUGAAAAUUCAUUUUUUUCUUAUAAAACAAAGGCCUUGUAAAUGUUUGAAAAUUCUCUUCCUCUUGGGCAGGUUUGUGACCUUGCCUUCCCGCCACAAGGAGAUCGCUUUAGCAAGGGGCGUCCAUCGUCACCAAGGGGCUGAACUUGUCGGUUCACCUGGGGUCAGGUGGAAGCAAGGGAGGUCACAAGUCACACUGAGUCCAAAAACACCCAGGGUUUUCUUCAUUUGCAAACAAAAUGAAUAUUCCCAUGUUGCUGCUGCGUCCUCACCAGCAUUUCCUAAAAGGCCUUUUCAGGAUACCCUUCCAUCAUUACCACUUCCUGUUUCAUGCAAGUACUCAUCUCGGAUCAGGGAUCCUGUGUGCUCAGCCAUUUAAGUCUCUUGGACUCCAUUGUGCAAAAUGGAUGCUGCCGCCAAAUGGUUUAAGGAGAAAAUUUUGUGUCCAAGCAACCUUUCAGGACCACACAGAAGGACUUUCUGAUAAAGAACAAAGAUUUGUAGAUAAACUUUAUAUUGGUUUAAUCCGAGGGCAAAGGGCCUGCUUAGCGGAGGCCAUAACUCUCGUAGAAUCAACUCACAACAGGAAAAAGGAAUUAGCCCAGGUGCUUCUUCAGAAAGUAUUAAGCCACCACCGAGAACAAGAGCAGCGAAAUAAAGGAAAGCCACUAGCAUUUCGAGUGGGAUUGUCUGGGCCCCCUGGUGCUGGAAAAUCAACAUUUAUAGAGUAUUUUGGAAAAAUGCUUACUGAGAGAGGGCACAAAUUAUCUGUGCUAGCCGUGGACCCUUCUUCCUGCACUACUGGUGGGUCACUGUUAGGUGAUAAGACCAGAAUGACUGAGUUAUCAAGAGACAUGAAUGCAUACAUCAGGCCAUCUCCUACCAGUGGGACUCUCGGAGGUGUGACAAGGACCACAAAUGAAGCCAUCCUGUUAUGUGAAGGAGGGGGAUAUGACAUCAUUCUUAUUGAAACUGUAGGUGUGGGCCAAUCAGAGUUUGCUGUUGCUGACAUGGUUGACAUGUUUGUUUUACUACUGCCUCCAGCAGGAGGAGAUGAGUUGCAGGGUAUCAAAAGGGGUAUAAUUGAGAUGGCAGAUCUGGUAGCUAUAACUAAAUCUGAUGGAGACCUGAUUGUGCCAGCUCGAAGGAUACAAGCAGAGUAUGUGAGUGCACUGAAAUUACUUCGCAAGCGCUCAGAAGUCUGGAGACCAAAGGUGAUUCGUAUAUCUGCCAAAACUGGAGAGGGGAUCACUGAAAUGUGGGAUAAAAUGAAAGAAUUCCAGGACCUAAUGCUUGGCAGUGGGGAGCUGACUGCCAGGCGACGGAAGCAGCAGAAAGUUUGGAUGUGGAAUCUCAUCCAGGAAAACGUGUUAGAGCACUUCAAGACCCACCCCACAGUCCGGGAACAGAUUCCUGUUCUGGAAAAAAAGGUUCUCAGUGGGGCCCUGUCCCCAGGACUAGCAGCAGACUUGUUAUUGAAAGCUUUUAAAAGCAGAGACUAAUAAAAUUUGUCAACUAUUUUACAUAUUGUAUCAUAAAUGUUUUAACAUCCAAAAAUUCACUUGUGUAUUUAUGUUAUAACUCUUCGAAAGUGCCUUGACUUGUGAACCAUGCUUAAAAACUUGAUGGCAGUUGGACUUAGGUGGCAAGGUUAGGCAGUCAUGCAGAGUUUGCAAGGAACCUGUUGUAUGUUACUGACUUCUGUUUCCUUUGUUCUUACACCCUCACAUAGUGGCCUGUAGGAUUAUUUUUUCUCAUGAGUCAGAAGCAGAGAAAAAAAUGAGAGAAAACAUAUGAAUCAUAAAGUGUUUGCUUUGAUUCUGUCUUCCCUGGGUUUCUAGGGAAAAUGUAAGCAAGAGUGACCACGUUUUUGUAGUCUUACUUGAAACUGGAACAAUACACAGUGGGUUUCUAAGAGUUGAAAAUGUACCAAUUUCAUUAUAUCUGAAAUGGCCAUGUACACUAGAGGCAAGAAUAGCUGGAAUGUUGAAAUGAUGUGCAUACAGCGUUCAAAUCUACUGGCCUGAAUGUGCAGACCAUUACCCCAUGACAGGCAGAAAAGUCAAAAAGGAACAAGGAAAAGCAUCUGCAGAUGUGGGCCUGUAACCGCCAAGAGCUUGAGUAAAGUGCUGAGACAUCCUGUGAGCUAAGGAUGAUUCAGGGUUAUUCAGUUUGAAGGUUAUAAAGCAUUUGGUUCUCUUCUUCCUUGGCCAUAUCACUCUCUAUUAGCAUUUCAAAGAAGUAUAUUUUUUUUAUGGUAAAUAACAUGUUUUGUUAUAUUGAAGAAGAGAUUGGUUUCUAGAGAUGGACUCUGGGUUUAAACUCAAACCAGAUCUACCAUUACACUUGUAACCUUUCUAGGUUUCUGUUUCUGACCUGGUAAAUGGAAUUGGCAUAUAACUUUAGAGUUAGUGAGAAAGUAAUGAGGUGACACAGGAAAUCAUUUAUCGUCGUGGUGGUAUAAAGGGAAUACUCAAAUGCUGCUCAUUACCAUGAUUUCGUUUAAAGUUGUGGGUACCCAAAGCUGCAUAGGCCUUGUAUAUAAUCCAAAUUUGGGCCCAUGAUCUUAUUACUACCAUCAUGCUCUUGUGAUAUUUUAUGAUCAUCUUCAAAGCACUAUUCUAGUUAAUUAGAAUAGUUAAUUUUUUUAAUAAGUCUUGGACCGUUUGAUGGUAGUUGUAACUAUGUGCAUUUGAAUAAAUGGUUUUUACUACUAAAAUU